UAGUGUACCCUGGAUACCAACAGCAGCAUCAGCCCCCAGGUUGUGAGUCUUAAAGGAGACAGGGAGACCCAGUACAGAGAGAGAGAGAGAAUAACAUUGCUUUCCUCUCUGCCAGUGGGCUGGACUAUGUUGCAAAAGGAUGAGAGGAAUGUGACUGAGAGAGAAAAAAUAGAGACAGUGCGGGGAUGUCAGCAAAUAGACCCAAGGGAGAGAGAGAGAGAAUGAAAAGAGAGAGUCAGAGAGGCAUGGCAGGCAGGGUUGAGAGGAGGGAGGACUAUACUUAGACAGCAAUAAAGAUAGUCAGCCACAGCCAAUGCUGCCAGCAUGGAGGGGGACACACUGGAUCUCUUAGCAGCAGCGUGGGAUUCUUUCCAGUUCUAAAAUCUGGUCUGACAAGAAACUGCCUUCUCAGCUCAACUGGUCCAGGGAUGGAAUUCAACUGGUCUGGGAUGGAUUCGCUUCUGAAAUCCAGAGACGAACACUAAAUUUAAGCCAAAUCGCACAGCAGCAACUAACCACUACUUCAGUGAAAUGAGUAUGUUUUUUCUGACAUGGAGACAGUUCUACUCUGAAAGCUUUGAAGAGGACUAGUUGAAAUUUGAGAGUACUAUAGUUACCUUGGGGUCAAUGCUAUUUCACAUUCAAAACGCAAGGAUGCUAUUCAAGCCUAAGAAUUCCUCACCUAGAACUGUGAAGUGGACUAAAUGAAAGCUGAAAGAAGGCAAGAAGAGGUUGAGAUUUGUUGAACAGCUGUUUUGAUCACAGAAGGCCCAAGUCAAACCCAGAUUGGUAGAAAAUGAGGACUAGCUAGAGACAACAUGGUAGACGACUAGACAAAAUAUGACAAAUUAAGUCUAAUCCAAUCAAAAAUUGGAUGCUUUCCCUGGCUUUGGAUGGGAUUGUCAUGGCUUGACCACCUAUCCAUUCUGAUGAGUUGCCCAAAAGAAGAUAUACACAAAUGAUGAAGCUCAAGCUAAAUCCAACUCAAGGAUUACAAAUUCACACAUUCAAGACUUGGUGUUCUGCAUCCAUAGUGCUGACUGUGACACUCCAAUAGUAGAUUUACUGUAUAGACGUGUGUUUUCCUGUGUUGGUUUACCCUGGAUUGUCACUUUUGGCCAUGAUGCAUCAAGCAGAGAUCGUGCUGAGGUGACCAGAUAUCACAGCUGUGGGCUCUGAAGCCUUGUGGCCCCUGGUGUGUACAGUACAUGACAGUACAUGUGCGUAUGAAUGUGGAGGUGCUAUGCUGAGGGUGUCGGGUGUUGCACCAGCUCCAGUGGGCCACGAGUGGCGAUUUCAGUGUUCUGUCGGGGUGGACUGUAGCGACACCGAACCUCGCUGCAUCUGGGUGGCAGUUUUAAGGGGUGUUUCACCUCGUGCCUCACCCCAGCUAACCCCCAUCGCAUCACCAAGAAAACGGGGCUCCCAGAGGGUCAUACAGCGCCAUCGCUUGUCCUGGGCUAAAGGGUGGCGAGAUGGCAUGGUGUCGUCCAAUGAGAACAGGCGCCGGCCUCUGUCAUCGGGUGAGGUGGAGGGCGUGUUGUGGCAGGGCCCACGGACCAUUUUCCUCCAAAAGAACUCACAGGGAUUCGGCUUCACUCUGCGCCACUUCAUCGUCUACCCACCAGAGUCCUCCCUCCACAGCAUCAAGGAUGAAGAGAAUGGAAAUGCAACUGGAAAAGCAGGUUGUCAGUGGUCUCCUUUGGAGCCAAUGGACACCAUCUUUGUGAAGAGUGUCAAAGAAAAUGGCCCCGCCCAUCAAGCUGGACUGUGUACAGGGGACAGGCUGGUGAAGGUGAAUGGAGAGAGCAUUCUGGGGAAAACCUACUCUCAAGUGAUCUCGCUCAUCCAAAACAGUGAAAACAUUCUGGAGCUCUCUAUUAUGCCAAAAGAUGAGGAUGUGUUGCAGUUGGUAAGUGUGUACUCCCAGGAUGCCUACCUGAAAGGCAAUAAGCCGUAUUCAGGCGAGGCCCAGAACCUCCCUGAGCCACCGCCUCUCUGUUACCCUUCCACUAAGCCCAGCUCCACUGCCCCACAGCCCAGCCACAACCUCCACAGUCCCCUGGACAACUGGCAGUGCCGACCCGGUCCCACCACCUCACCACUGGACAAUCACCCCCCUUCUGCUUCUACCCCAACCUCCGCCUGGGCAGGGGGUCCUGAGGAUUCCAGUGGCCACUUUGCCCAGCUGGGGCGGCACCGUGGCCACUCCUUGUCGGCCAUCAAUGCACUGGAUUUUCACUUUGCUAACCACAAUGCUGCCAUCUCCUCUGCAACUCUGCCUCCACCACGGAAGAGUAGCCUGCCGGCCUCUUCCCGCACUCACGCCGAUGCUCUCUGCCACCAGGCUCUGUCGGACUGGUACUACAGCCAGGCUGAGGCUGCCGAGCACAUGUCCCCCCGCCACCGCAGUAUAUCUCAGGAUUGUUUAGCGGAGCUGGGGCUGGCGCUCGGCCCCAGACCUACAUCUGCUUCCAAAAUCUCUGUGGAGCAACGCAGAAGAGAAACCCUCCUGUACCACCACCAGGCAGCUGCUGCUUCCCAUGAUUCCUAUUGGCUAGGGGGCUGGGGUGGUGUAUCAGGACCAGGAAGUAGGUCGUGCUCAGAGAGCCUGCUGGCAGCCUACGCCGAGUACGAGCACAACUACGGCCGUUCUGUGGAAACACUGGCACAAGCCUCAGCACUGGUCUCACCACGCUACGAACACUCUUCACAAGGCUCCCAAAUGACGAAAUUCAGUAAGCAGAAAGACCAGAAAGUCUCAGCAGGUCAUCAGCACCAAACCACAUCCCCCAUCACAGCCACCUCCACAGUGCCUCCUAGUGGCAGGCAGUCAGGUCAGCAGGUAGCUGAACCCCAAACAAGGCGAGUAAAAGAAGAAGAGCUGGUGGGCUAUAAAAGCUACAGCCCUUCUUUCUCCUGCAAAGAUGGCCACCUCCUCCAGCAGGCCCACUCCUUCAGAGAGCCCAGCUACAAUGGCCUUCAUCUCAACUGGAGCCCUGGCAGUAGCAGCAGCCCUGCGGACAGUGAGGGGGGCGUGGUACCCAGGCCCCAGUCUACCCCCGCCCUGUCUGCGUCAGAGGAGGAGAGAGCCCGACUCGGUGAGGACAGGGAGGUCAUCUCCCCCAUCUCCCUGAAUCAAGAGGUGGUCCUGAGGCAGAAGCCGCCUUCCGGCCACCGAACCCCUGUUCAGGCCCUUCGGCAUCCCCACUACACCACACCUGUGGAGUCACCCAAGCCCCCUGGUUUGUCACCUACACCAGGGACCCCUUCUCCUGUCGCUGGGGGGCCCGGCCCGAACCGCAGGGCUAAUGGUAGCCUGGCACAGCAUGCAUUCAACUCCCUGUCCUCUAUUCCCUUCAUAGAUGAACCCACCAGUCCUAGCAUUGAUAUACAGGCCUGCUAUGUUCCAGCCUGUUCUGUGGUGUCCAGUUCCCAGGCCUCUACUAUGGCCACCCUCACUUCCACCUGUGUCUCCCCCACUCUCUCCUCCAUCUCCCCCUUUGUCCGACUUCGUUCUCAGGACUGCAGCAGUAUUAAAGGUCGCCGCUCCUCUUACCUGUUGGCCAUCACCACAGAGAGAUCCAAGUCCUGUGACGAGGGUCUCAACACCUUCAGGGAAGAAGGCCGUGUCUUCUCCAAACUACCAAAAAGGGUCAAGAGCUUUUUCACUGAUGAGUCUCUAGAGAGCCUGCGAGCCCAGGAGGAGGCCCGGUCCAAGCGCCACUCCACCUCUGAGCUGGGAACCAUCACCUUUAGUGAUGUUUGCAAGGAGGGCUGGCUGCACUACAAACAGAUCCUCACAGAGAAGGGAAAGAAAGUAGGUGGUGGCAUGCGUCCGUGGAAACGAGUGUUCUCCGUGCUCCGUUCCCAUUCACUCUUCCUCUACAAGGACAAACGAGAAGCUGUCCUUCACGGGGCAGGGGCGGGGCCCAGCCAGGACGAACAUCCUCCAAUCAGCAUCCGUGGCUGCCUGAUCGACAUUGCCUACAGUGAAACCAAGCGUAAGCACACCCUGAGGCUGACCACGCAGGACUUCUGCGAGUACCUUCUGCAGGCCGAGGACAGGGAUGACAUGCUGGCCUGGAUCAGGGUCAUCAGGGAGAACAGCAAGUCUGACAACGAGGAGAUCGGUUUCUCAAGACAAGCUCUCAUCAACAAGAAGCUGAAUGACUACAGAAAACACAGUCUGACAGGUAAUAAGCCGGACUCCUCUCCCAGAGCCCAUCGUAUGAUGCCUCCCUUCCUCCUGGCUAAGACUGACAACACCUCGGUGAGCCGAGCCUCCAGAACUGAUGACAACAAGGCGCUGUGGGGCAUCAACAUCAUGAAGAAGGCCAAGAAGACAGGCAGUCCGAAGGCUUUUGGUGUCCGACUGGAGGACUGUCAGCCUGCUGUCAACCAUAAAUUUGUCCCUCUGAUUGUGGAGAUGUGCCUUGGUGUGGUGGAGGCGACGGGGUUGGAGUACACCGGUAUCUACCGGGUGCCGGGGAACAACGCCAUGGUGUCUAACCUGCAGGAGCAUCUCAACAAGGGCAUGGACAUCAACACUGCUGAGGAGAGAUGUCAGGACCUGAAUGUAAUCAGCAGUUUGCUUAAAUCCUUCUUCCGAAAAUUGCCUGAGCCGCUGUUUACUGAUGACAAAUACAAUGAUUUCAUUGAUGCCAACCGUAUAGAAGAUGCAGAGGACAGACUGAAGACCAUGAAGAAACUGAUCCAUGACCUCCCAGAUCACUAUUAUCAUACUCUUAAGUUCCUGGUGGGCCACCUCAAGAGGGUGGCAGAUCACUCUGAAAGGAAUAAGAUGGAGCCGAGAAAUCUGGCUCUGGUGUUUGGUCCCACUCUGGUGAGGACGUCAGAGGACAACAUGACCGACAUGGUCACCCACAUGCCUGACCGCUACAAAAUAGUGGAGACACUUAUCCUGCACCAUGACUGGUUCUUUAGUAAUGGAGAGCUUGACAAGGAGGAGAAGGCCCCAGAGGAUAAGCGGGACAUGCAGCCUGUGCCCAACAUUGACCAUCUGCUGUCCAACAUCGGCAGGCCGGGCAUGCCAGGAGAGGCAUCAGAUUCCACCACCAGCGAUUCACUUAAGUCAAAGCUUUCUUCAUGCUCCAAGAAAGACCUGAAUGCCAGGGACUUCCUGCCCAUGUCCAUUAUCUCUGCUAAGACCUGCAAACGUAAAAAAUGCCUCAGUACCCACCUGCAGGGCAACAGCGCUGACGAAGACUCUGAGCAUGAGCCAGUCAAAGCCAGCCACUAUGGGGGAGGAGAAGGAGGGGGUGGGGAGGAGGAAGAGGAUAGAAUAGAGGAAAAGGCAGUCAUGGGAGAACAUACCAUUUCUAAAAAAGAAAAAAAGGCUGGAAAGGAAAAUGGGGUGAAACCUAGAGAGAUCACAGAGGGAAAAGAUUCAUUGGUGGGAAAAGAAGAGGCUGAAAAAGAUGUGGGGAACGAAACAGGCAAUGGUGCAAACAAAUCUGAAAGAGAGAAUAGGCAGAGAACAACCUUGCCGGGAAAUCCACAGCAACUUCGUUCAAACUGUUUCCUCUGCUCACAUCAUCAGAUCCAUGUCCCAUACCCAAGACCUGUGACUAAUCUUCCUUCCCAUUUAAGGCCUCACAAUCUGGCCAGAGGAUGCCCCACAGUCCCUUUCUGGAUCUGCCCCACCAGGCUUCCCAACUUCUACCAGACUUUCAGCUUUCAUGGGACCCAGCAGCCAGACUGGAACCAGUCAGCACCAGUCCGCUACAUGAACACUAGAGGUGGGAGGAUGAGGGCUAUGUCCAUGAAUCUGGACCUUGAGCUGGGCAGGAGUGAGGACAGAGUCAGAGGAUGGAGAGCAGAGAGGGUGGAGGUGAUCAGAGUCAUUGAGGCAACACCAGAUCUGCAUGGAUGUGUUGGGGUUCCUAAGGGAUCAAUUGUAGGUCCCGGGUCAAUUCAGCAAAUAGAUCCCCUUCCUCACCUUGCACAGGAGGAUCCCCAUCUCCCCUCCUCUUCCUCUGGAUGGGUAGAUCAAAGCUCCCCAGAAUCUUCCACUGUGGUCCUGAGGAGAUCGGCCCUGGACCCACGGAACAAGACGAGAGGGUGGCGUCGUCACACAGUGGUAGUUUAACCUGACUGUUUCUUCCACUAAUGGAGUACCAAGUACUUGCCCUUUACUCACAAACACUGGAUCACCUGUUUCACUGCUUCUAAAGCCAAGAGUCAUGUUGUUUUAGGGAUCUCAGUUGUCUCAAGACUCUUCCCUCUUGGCUUUUUAGUGGCACUAAUGUUGAAGACGUGAUCUCAUGGAAAAGGAGUUCUUUGACAUUGUGUGCAGUUGUAUAGUUCCAUUCCAAAAUGAGAUAACCACCAUUCUUUUGAACUAUUCAUCUUUACUCCUUUACUUACUGUGGAUAUAAUUAUCCAUGUCCUUAUACAGUGUAUUGUGCAAAGAACAUUAGGGUUGAACACAGUGAAUUGAGAUCCUGGUAUAUCCUGGAAAUUCUCGGCAAAAUCGAAUCAUGUUUCCCGGGAAAAAUACCUGUGGGAUCCUGUGAUUGUUUGUUCACAUACUGCACUUCCACACAUCUGUCACAAUAGCUUUUUGAGCUACUGUAGGUAGUUUGCUAAUUGACAGUUAGCUUGGUUGCUAACCGGACAAAAAGUUCACACAGUUUGUAACCAUCUGCAAAUCAUUCCUCUUUUGUGGAGCAUUUUACUCCUGCAGAAGUAGUUAAAUAAAGUGGAUGGUGCAACACAGCUAAUAAACUACAGUAGCUUCCAACUCUUUGUUCCUUCAAAAGGGCAGCACUGUCAAGACAGUUUGCUAUUGGUCAGCGGUGCAAAUUCAAGUAUAGCAGUUUCAAAGAUUUACUUCACACAUACGAGCGAAUCCACUGAUAGCGAAACUUCUAUUGAAAUUAAUUGAUUUUGCUGCAAAAUGUUGCCAUUUUAAAUGCUGAUGUUAACUUUUCAUGCUAAUAUGAAAAUUUAGCAUAUAUUAUGGCAGCUGUGUGGCAAAAUAUUUUUUAGAUUAAGUGAACGAAGCAGAGUGCAAAAUCUGUAAAUGAAAACUAUGCAGACAGUUCAACAAGUGCCGUAAUCAGACAUGCAGACCUCCAUAUCAAAAAAGAGCAGUACGAUCGAUUGCAGUGUUCAAAAGGCGAAACACUGAACGCAGAAACUCAUCCUAAUGUUACAACUAAAUGUCCAAGAACAAUGCCCCCAUUCCUUAAAACACCAAAAAACUGGUGAAAUGGCUGUGAGGGAUUUCUCUUCCCUGCCACUGCAGCAGUAAUAUCCUUAGGUCUGCUCUAUGAAGGUGAGCAGACACUCCUGUAUAACCACUCGGAGUAUACGGGAUAGGAUAUGCUGAAAAAGCAGAGAAUCAAUCCAAGGUAUGGUUGGUUUUAUGUUUUUCCCCUUCAAAGAUGGUGUACUUUUAAUUUUAAUUGUUUUGAUCAAGUAUCCACAGCUCUAUUUUUAAAAUCAAACUUAAUUUAUGGCAAGAAAUCCAGGGUAUAAUAUAUUCCUGAGAAGUAAUCCUUCUAAAAUGAAGAAGAAAACCUUCAACCAAAAUGAAUAACAGUUAAAGCAACUAUGUGAUUAUAGCAUAUUUCCAGUUAUUCUGAUGAAGUUGUCAUUUAUACAAAAUUUAAACAAUCUCGGCAAAAACUGAUGCAGCCAAUGUUUUACAGUGUUAUUCUUGAUACUACCACUAGGUGGUGCCAAAGUAAGGAGUUUUCCAAUCCUACACAUAGGGGCUUUAAUAAAUGUUUCCAAAUAAUGUUUUGGAAUGAAACCCUUCAAUUGUAAAUUUAAAUUGAUGAAUGGUAAUAAUAAAUAUAAGUAAAAGAUGAGAGAAAGCAAUAUUAGACAUUUGAAACUCAACUCCAGAGCCCAGCUGCUGCUGUUAUGCUAACCCUCACUAACAAGGACUUCAGCAGAGUCAUUGGAGUCAUUUCAUUGCAAAGCGACUGUGCUGUACGUGUGCUGGUGUCUUCCACGACUGGUUUUCACCAAUGAUGUCUUUGACAAUACCCAUGUGGGCAAAUAUCACAUGUGCACACUUACCUGCCAGCCUGAGUGCAGCACAGUACAAUAAUUCAACAUUCAACGCUUCAGUUCUUCCAAAGCCUCCUGUGGAUUUCCGGGGAACUUAAAUGAUCUGUGGGAGCAAAUCAACUCACUCUCUCUCUCUGUAUGCAUGGGAUCAGUGGCAUAUAAAAAUAUGCAAACCCUAAGUGUUCAACACAAGCCUAUCAUGCUUCCCUAUAUGUGUGUGUGUGUGUAUGUGUGCCUGUUUCAUGUUCAUAUAUCCCAGUGGGGACUAACCCAAAUGCACACUAACCCAUGGGGACUUGUGUCACCGUGGGGACAAAGUUUGAGGUCCCCACGGGUAGAGACUGCUUUUUGAGGGUUAAGACUUGGUUUUAGGGUACAGGUUAUACUUGGGUUAAGGUUAGGCAUUUAGUUGUGAUGGUUAAGGUUAGGGUAAAGGGCUGGGGAAAGCAUUAUGUCAAUGACUGUCCCCCACUGGGAUAGUGAAACAAACGUGUGUGUGUGUGUGAGUGUGUUGGGGGAGGCGUUUUGAGGAUACUAGCACCUGUUUCAUCAGAAGAGCAAAGUGUUUAAGGCAGCUAUGUGAAGUCAAGCCAAAAAAUGUUUUUUUCUAUGUGGGUAAUUGUACAAUAUCAGCAGUGUGGAGCCAAGAGAGAACUUAAGAGAACCUAAGCACUUAGUGCAACAGUGAGGCUCCAGUUUAUAUUUCAGUGUUACUAAGAGAGCAUUGUCACAGGAGCAGUUGAAAGGGAGCGAAUAAGCUCCUUAAAUCCAAAACCAGUCUUACCUGAGUGAUAUUUUUGCAUUUUUCUUUUCACGUUAAGUAUUUUUGCUCCCUUCCUGUAACUUUUGUUUUGUUAAGCAGAGUCUGAAAAAACAAAAUGGAGCAUAACCAAACUGUACUGCCAACCACUGUCGUUCAACCAGACUCCAUGUUUGUCUUAAUCAUACCUAGACUCCGUCUGUCCUUUUCUCUAUCUGUGCCCUUAUGCAUGUACUUUAUGUACGUGGCUGACUGUGCAUGGACCAAUUUUGUAACAGUUGUACAAAGCCUUGUUAAGUUAACCUGUGUAUAUAAAUAUUAUACAUAAUAUAUUAAAUUAUUUGUUUUGGAAA